GAUGUUAUGGUCUCUGUGCCACCGGGUGACAAGACGAGAGAGACCUGUCAACACGACGGCCUCCUCACUCACCAAGUCGGGUCCUCGCUAGUCAGUAACAAGUCUUGUCUGUGGUAUGGUGACCGUUUAGUCAGGAAAAAAUGUCCGUGACGAAAGUGAUCAGCACUGCGCUGUCAGUGGUAGUGCUCAUUGUUGCCUUUUGGUACAGCAGAGAGAAUGGAAACCGCAUUCUUGAGGAACGUCUCCGACAGGUUCUAGAUGCAAUGCUCGAGGUGGAGGAACAGCAUGUUGUUGGUGAGGUUCGAAUCGCUGUGGGCUAUGGUGCCUGCAAAGAUAUUUUUGUCCGAGGAGCUGAUGUGUUUGGUGCUAUGGCUCCUCCAAAGAAAACGGCACAUUAUAAUAGUAUAGAAUCACUGAAAAACUUGAAAGAAUUGUACGCGUUGUUUUAUGCCGCUGGAUCUGCAGCAGAGAGAUAUGUUGGCAAUGACACACUCUUCAAUGAAUUAGUUGGAGCAGCAGAAGCAGUACCAUCGUCAUACUCUGCUUUAGGUGGUAAUGCUCCUGUGAUGGCUUCCAGGUUUGCUAUAGAAGGUGCCCGCGUCCUGUUGGCAGCAAAACGAAGUCCAUAUGUUUUGAAACAUAUUCAUCCAGGAGUUGAAGUUGGUGGAGGACAGGGUGAUAUGGAAGAUGAUAUUCAUCUAAUCUUUGAGUACAAGACUGGAGAGAAGUGGGGAAAAUAUGAAGCCCCGAGGGCAAACAGAUUUAUCAUUCACAGUGACAAUGAUAACCCAACAGUUAGCUCACUGGAGGAAUUUGGGAUGGAAUUAAAAUCCUUCAAGCCUAAUUUAUUAGUUGUUGGUGGUUUGCAGAUGAUGGACAAUUUUCCUUUCCCUCCAGGUGUAAGAAAGGAACGUUUAAAGGCUGUCAGAGAUCAGAUGGUUUUGAUGCCUACUACAACCAGAAUCCAUUUUGAAAUGGCUUCCUUUACUGAGACAGAACUUCUGAAAGAUUUGAGUCAGUACAUUAUUCCUUACGCAGAUUCUCUUGGAAUGAAUGAACAGGAACUUCCUAAUCUGUAUAGCAUCUUGAAGUAUGGAAAUGUGAGCUUCAUUUCAGACUUCAACCCACGGGUUGCAGUUGUUCUAGACCAAAUGAGAGAGGUUUUCAGAUUAGCAUUGAAAAUGCUAAGAUGCUCAUGGAUGAUGGCUUCACUCUGUCUGAAGCAGCAGGUGCAGGAAGAAUCAUGUUUGAUUCCCAACAUCCUGUGUCUUGUUGGAAUGAAGAUGGAGGGAAAAUAGAGAUAUGCAUUGCACCAGUACUCGUUUGUACAGCAGUGCGUCACACAGCUGGCGGUGGUGACAACAUAUCCGCUGCUGGACUAGUUCUGCAAGUGUAACUUGCAGUGGUCUUGACAACUACCAUAUUCAAAAUGUUUCCUAUAAGAAGUGUAGUCCUAAAUGAUAAAAGUGGUGUAUUUUCGUGUUUUGAUAUGUAGGACAAUCAAACUGAACAUUCCAACAAUGCUGAAAUACAGGUUUAUUAUUCCCUGAUAUUUUUUACCAUGUUGGCUUCAACUUCUGGGUGCUGUCUGAUGAUUCUUGUUCUGUGUGCCAUUAAGAAUUCCUAAAAUAGGAUGUGGUAAAGCUUGAAUGUUGAGAUAAAAUUUUAAAGGUAUUUUUAAAAAACUGUUGAGUUUUUAUUUCUAAUGUUAAUGUUUGCUAGGCCUAGAACUUGAUUUAAUGUACUUAGUUGCUAUUUCUGAAAAAAAAGUACUUAACAUUUUAGCAUAUGAAACAGACUACAUACAUACCUUUUUAUAAUCAUGGAUGGCUUCAGGGAUUUUAUCCCCUUAUUUUUUUAUGAAAACUGUAGUGCUAUUUCUAAUGGAUAUAAAUGUAUAAAUGUAAAAAUCAUAAUAACAGCAUUGGUAAGAGUGAGUGAACUGCUUAGUAUUUGGAAGUGGCCAGAAGGUGUAAUCAACAUACCUUGUAGUUUAUUGAUAUUUAUAGUAAAAUCAGAGCUAGGUGCUAGAAUAAUUAGUUGUGGAGAUACUGUAUUGUAAUAUAUAUAAAUUUAGUGACCUAUCUACAUUCCUUUCAAAACUGCUUUUAACCUCGCUAAGAUUAAUGUGAAGAGCUGGUAUAUUUGUUGAUUGUUGUCCGUGGUCAUUGGGUUAAAUUCAAGUUCCCUGUAUCUUUUGAAGUUAUGGGUUGUGAGUAUCAUAUUUGGAGGGUAGUUCCUUUCAUGGGAUAAAUUUCAGAUCAAGUCUCCUUGUCUUCCAACAUCACUGCAGUUUUACAAACACUGCAACAGUGUAUAAAGAAUAUGAGUUUCACCAUCAGUCUCUCCAAGCUCUGAUGACUAGACUAUAAAUAGAGCUAAUAUAAAGAAGAAAUAUAUAAACAUUUGUAUUUGUAUUUAAUUGGAAUUUUUUUAUAUAUGUAUACAUUUUUAGCAACAAUACCUCAAUUCAUUGGAAGUAUUGUAACUAAACUGUUCAAUACAUCACUGUAGGUACAACUGUCACAUAAGUACUUACAUAACUACAUACAAAUAUAAUUCGAAACUUGCUACCAUUUCCCACUCAUAUUUUCAUGUGUCUAUGAGCAAAUUACAGUAUUGCCAAAGUAAGAAAAUUUAAUUGAGAUCUCUUCAUUUACAUGAAAAUAAAAAUCUAUGGAAUGAGGGGUUCUGUGUUUUCAAAUAUAUGUAUACAGUAUGUACACUAUGUGGUUAUAUGCAUUACAGUACAGUAUAGUACAUGUGUGAAUUAUAUUCAUGUGCACUUGUUUAUAGGCAUAUUGGAGCAUCAGUAAUAUAGAAUAUGAAUACAGAGCAGAUGGUGUACAUAUUUCUAAAUACUUGAGGUAAUGAUACUAGCUGCAAGAUUUAGGUACACAAUGGAAAAUGACAUUUUUAUUAAUGUGUAUUUUUCAUAGCUAACAAACCUGCGGUCUUAACGUAAGGAUAAAUCUUCUAGCGCCAGCUGAAAACUGGUAAAAAGCGUAAAAAUUGUAGUACAAGGUACUGGUGGCAAUGGCGUUUGGCUAUUCGGUUGAGAGAGGAGGAAACAACCAACCUAUUCUCAUCCAAGAAAGCCGUGAUGCAUCAGUUUCUUCCUUACUACUUUGCUAGAAGGACGUGUUGCUAUAGUGUCUAUGGAUUUUAAAAAUGGUACAGUACAUACGGUACAUAUUACCUUUUUUGUCAUACAUGAAGAGUUAGUGAUUUAGAAUUUAUAUUGGAUGUAUAUUUAAUAGAAAUAUUUAUUUUGAUAAAUAGGAAUUAUUAAAGGAAAUAAAUACUGUAGCAACCUUCUGCUACGGUGUGCAUGUAGCAGUGUGCUUGUUUUAUUACAGUUUACGGUAGAGUACAUGUUUACUAACAGAGUGAAGGCAGUAGUGUCAUUUUUGAAAUAUCUGAUGAGUUUUAAAUUCUCUCGUUUUGGAAUGCUAAUUUUAUAGUUUGAUGUUCAUAAUAGAUAUUUUGUAAUACUAUUAUACCAAUUAUUUUACAAAAGGUGGAAGAACCGCACGACACGGAGUAGGUUUUAUUGUGAGUGAAGAGCUAGCUGGAAAAAUUAGUCAUCUAGAAUUCAAAUGUGAUAGGAUUAUUAGCAUUUCCUUAAAGUUAGGAACAUUUCAAGCCAGCAUAAUUCAGGUGUAUGCACCACAGCAGGGCCGCCCUCAAGAAGAAAGAAGAAUUCU